AAGGACCUUCAGCUUGCGGCCUCGAUAUAAUAUGAUACUCCAUACUACGUAUUCUAAUUCCUAUGUACUAAGGGGGCAAAUGACAAUAGAAUUCAUUGGAAGUUCCUCACCCCGGCUCAUGGCUCGCCCCCUGUUCUGACAUGGUUGUUGAUUGUUGGGUGACAUGGAUUGUUUCGCUUUCAUCACUUUCAUCGCUUUCCAGUCACGCGUGACGCGUUGUAUGGAGAAUCACGCUUUGAAGAAUCGAAACAUUGCUCGCAGACCCCGCGGCUUGUGGCGGACAACACCAAAGUCUGCAAGUAGCAUCCCUUGGACCGUGUUGGCGAGAGAUAUCUGCCUAUGAACUAGUGACUACAUCUACAGCAUGGUACGACAUGCACGAUGAGCCAACUGUUGCCGGCCCUUCUGGACUGCCGGAGGAGGAGAGAGAUGGGGAACAUGAUACCUUGAAAUACAGCCUGCUUGGACCGUCGUUAACAAAAGCUGGACAGGAUGCGGUGGAUCAGAAGAAGGUCUCGGAGAUCAUCUACCACGCCUCUAAAGGCUCCAAGUUCUUCAAUAACGAAGAAGUCAAAGACCGGACUCUCACCGAAAAAAUCACCCGCAUCCUAGCCCGUAAACGCCAGCUCGAGCGCCUCGAUCUUACCUCCGACAUCCGUCGCGCAGACGACUACAUCGCCGAACUCGACCUCGGCCGCGACCUCUCCCAAGUCGUCGUCCACCUCGACUGCGAUGCCUUCUACGCCGCCGUCGAGGAACUGGACCGUCCCGAGCUGAAGAACCUCCCCUUCGCCGUCGGCAAGGGCGUGCUCACGACAUGCAAUUACGAGGCGCGGAAGUUCGGUUGCCGCAGCGGCAUGGCGAGCUUCGUGGCCAUGAAGCUCUGCCCGAAGCUGAUAUGCCUGCCGUUGAACUUCGAUAAGUACUCCGCGAAAGCGGAGGAGGUGCGCGCCGUCAUCGCGCGAUAUGACCCGCGAUUUGAGAGCGCGAGCAUCGACGAGGCGUAUUUGAAUGUUACGGAGUAUUGCAGACUACACGAACAGACGCCGUGGGACGCCGUGGCGCAGAUGCGGGAGGAGAUCCACGAGACGACGAAGAUCACGGUGUCUGCGGGCAUCGCUGCAAACGCGAAAUUGGCGAAGAUCGCAUCGAAUCAGAGGAAGCCGAAUGGGCAGUUCCAGAUCGCGCCGGAGCGGGAUACGAUCAUGGAGUUCAUGCGCGAUCUGCCGACGCGAAAAGUCAACGGUGUCGGACGCGUCUUCGAGCGCGAACUCGACGCCGUCGGCGUCAAGACAUGCGGUGACAUCUACGCCGAACGCGGCCUCCUCAAGAAGCUAUUCGGCGAGAAGGCAUUCCUGUUUCUCAUCCAAUGUUACCUGGGCCUCGGCCGCACAAACAUCCAGCCGGCGGAGGAAUCCGAAAGGAAGAGCGUUGGGACUGAAAGCACCUUCGGUGACCUCAGCGGCAAAGACGUGCUGCGCGCAAAGCUGCGAUACAGUGCGGACGAGCUCGAGAAGGAUCUCGAGCGCACGCAGGUGAAGGGCCGAACCCUCGUCCUGAAGAUCAAGCUGCACACGUACGAAGUCUACACGCGCCAGGUCGUCACCCCAUUCGCGGUCCACAAAGCCGACGAUCUCUACCGGUUCGCGCUGCCCAUCCUGGCCAAACUGGAGAAGGAGAUGGGGGACCUGAAGCUCCGAUUGAUGGGUCUUCGGGUGACGCACCUCGUUAGCACAAAGAAAGAAGGGAUCGAUUUCUUCGGAAUGCAUGCGCGUCCGAAACCGCCGUCUGAGAGCGUGAAGGCGAAGGUUGAGGACGAGGGCGAGUGGGAGGUCUGGCCCGAGGAGGAAUUCGAAGAAGCCGCACGUCAGGAACGGCAGGAUGAGAUGAACGAAAUCGAGGCGCUCAGCCAAGAUCCCCAGGACGCAGUUGACCGCGGAGACGAUCCUCCUGCCGAAGGACCAACGCAGCCUCAAGCCUCAGAGUCGUGGUUCUGCCCGAUCUGCUCACUCCCCCAGCCUGCCAACGACCGAGUAUUCAACGCGCAUAUCGACUUCUGCCUUUCGAAGCAGACCAUCCGUGACGCGGUCAAGGACACGAGCGAUGCCAUGCCCGAUCGAGGACCGCGCAAAGAUCCCACGACGAAACAACCUGCAACCGUGCGAGGGCGCAAGAGGAAGAUGGCUGAGACGAGGGAUCGGCCGUUGAAGCGGUCUCCGUUUACGAUGUGACGAAUUUCAUGAGGGUGCAUUGCAUGGUUUGGGGUUGGUAGUGUACAUAAGUCGCUUGUUUAAAUCUCUAAACAAUGCAGGUAUUUUGCUAUGUAUUUGUCAACUUAACCAUGACCCUGUUCUUCGGAUUCCUUUUUUAGGACCCCAGACAGAUCUCUACAG